GAACGUUCCACAAAAUGGUUUCUUUAUAUCGAUUGUCCAAAUUGCGACGGUCGCAGAGAUUUUCCUUCAAUCUUUCCUCCAGCUAUCGUGAAAUAGACGGAUUUGGUUCAACUUCUCAUUUGAAUUCAUUUUUAUGUUGGACUCAGCGUGCGUUCUACGGAUCGCAUUUUAGGGAGGAUCCUAGCAUAGACUUGAGUCAGUAUCCUUCGGACAGGAUUCGCAACUUUUCCAUCAUUGCUCAUGUUGAUCACGGAAAGUCAACUCUCGCCGACCGGCUUUUGGAGCUCACUGGAACUAUUAGGAAGGGACAUGGACAGCCUCAAUAUUUGGAUAAAUUGCAGGUAGAAAGGGAGCGUGGAAUAACAGUUAAGGCUCAGACAGCAACUAUGUUUCAUCAGCACAAUUACCUUGGCAGCAACACGAACUUCUUACUGAACCUGAUUGACACACCAGGACAUGUAGAUUUUAGCUAUGAAGUUUCAAGAUCCUUGGCAGCUUGCCAGGGAGUCCUUCUUGUUGUAGAUGCUGCUCAAGGUGUCCAGGCACAGACAGUUGCAAAUUUCUAUCUUGCUUUUGAAGCAAACCUUGCUAUUAUACCUGUCAUUAACAAAAUUGAUCAGCCAACAGCUGAUCCAGACCGUGUAAAGGAACAGUUGAAAUCUAUUUUUGAUCUUGAUCCAAAUGAUGCUUUAUUAACCUCAGCCAAGACAGGUCAAGGUCUCGAUCAGGUCCUUCCUGCUGUGGUUGAACGAAUUCCCCCUCCUCCUGGGAAUAGUAGUUCUCCUUUGCGCAUGCUUUUGCUAGAUUCUUACUAUGAUGAAUAUAAAGGAGUUAUCUGCCAUGUAGCAGUUGCUGAUGGAGCUCUACGGAAGGGUGAGAAGAUCUCCUCUGCUGCAACCAACCAAUCUUAUGAAGUUUUAGAUGUUGGGAUUAUGCACCCAGAGCUUACCCAGACCGGAGUCCUUUUAACAGGGCAAGUGGGCUAUGUGGUCACAGGUAUGCGAUCCACUAAAGAGGCACGUGUUGGAGAUACACUUUUCCAUACUCGAAGCAUUAUUGAACCCCUUCCAGGUUUCAAGCCCGUAAAGCAUAUGGUAUUUUCUGGUCUCUAUCCCGCUGAUGGAUCUGAUUUUGAAUCACUUAGUCAUGCCAUUGAACGGCUCACUUGUAAUGAUGCCAGUGUAUCUGUUACAAAGGAGAGUAGUACAGCACUUGGCAUGGGUUACAGAUGUGGUUUCUUGGGCUUACUUCACAUGGAUGUCUUUCAUCAAAGGCUUGAACAGGAACAUGAAGCACAUGUGAUUUCUACUGUUCCUACUGUGCCUUAUAUCUUUGAGUUCUCAGACGAGAGCAAAAUACAUAUCCAGAAUCCUGCUAUGUUGCCCUCAAAUCCAAAACACCGAGUAACAACCUGCUGGGAACCUACUGUGAUAGCAACAAUUAUAAUUCCUAGUGAGUACGUAGGCUCGAUCAUCACCCUUUGUUCAGAACGACGAGGUGAGCAGUUGGAGUACUCAUUCAUUGACAGUCAAAGAGCUCUCAUGAAGUAUCGUUUACCAUUGAGGGAAAUUGUUGUUGACUUCUACAAUGAACUGAAGAGUAUAACUUCAGGAUAUGCAUCGUUUGAUUAUGAAGAGGCAGACUAUCAGAUCUCUGACUUGGUGAAACUCGAUAUUCUAUUAAAUGGGCAACCUGUUGAUGCUAUGGCAACCAUAGUUCAUAGAUCGAAGGCACAACGUGUUGGUCGUGAACUUGUGGACAAGCUGAAGAAGUUCAUUGACAGGCAAAUGUUUGAGAUAACCAUACAAGCUGCUAUUGGUUCAAAGGUUAUCGCCAGGGAAACGGUCUCGGCGAUGAGGAAAAAUGUCCUUGCUAAAUGCUAUGGAGGCGAUGUUACUAGGAAGAAGAAAUUGUUAGAAAAACAGAAGGAAGGCAAAAAGCGUAUGAAACGCAUUGGCUCUGUUGACAUACCCCAGGAGGCUUUCCGGGAGCUACUCAAAGGUUCAUGAAUCUGCAGACGGAGUUCUAAUUUUGCUUACAUUCUUACACAACAUUUGUAAUUCCUUUAAAGACAUGAAGAGUAUAGCCAGCUUAUAUGUAGGAGAUGAGAUAGAUUUCUCUCUCUUUUCCAUAAGAUUAAAUUUUUUAAAGUGGAUUGCAUAGUAAUAAUCUCCAUUUUUAAUUUCA